UUUUAUAGUGUGUUGUUUAUUUUGUGUUUUAUUAAAAUUUUGGAUUAUGUUAAACAAUUAACCCUUAUUUUUCAAGUUAAUAUUGGUAUACAACUUUUUUUGACUGUAUUGUAUCAACCGAUUGAUAAAUCUUAUCGCUGUGUAAAGACGCUUUCGUCUGAACUCUUUGAAGCAUCUCUUUGACCAUAUUCGGGGUUAAACGAAACUCACAACUCUAUAAACGUAACAUGAAGCGCUUCGUCAUCGAAUGAAUGGAGCACACCAACACUGGAAACCACAUAUCUGUAUACCUAUAUGUAACCUUUUACGAUAGCCAAAUUUACGUUUAGUAUUUCGCUGUGUGUUGACGGGUACGGGAGAUUAAAUGUGGUCUAUAGAAGCUCUUGUGGCGCUACUGGCGCUCCUAGGUGGGCUAGUCUUCUACGUCAUACGAAAACAAUCCUACUGGAAAGAUCGCGGAGUACCUCAUCCAACUCCAACAUUUUUCAUCGGCAGCUUUAAAGAUGCCGGCAUCAAGAAGCACUUCUCAGAAUAUCUGGUAGAAUACUACAGCCAGUACAAGGGCAAACACCCGUUCAUGGGUGGGUACAUGCUAGUAUCGCCGAUCGUUCUCGUUAUGGAUCUGGAGCUGGUAAAAUCAAUCUUAGUGCGGGACUUCCAACACUUCCACGACCGUGGCACUUAUUACAACGAGAAGGAUGACCCGCUGACAGCUCACCUGUCAAAUCUGAAAGGUCAACGAUGGAAAACCCUAAGGAACAAGCUAACACCGAUAUUCACGUCCGGCAAAAUCAGGAUGAUGUUUCCAACGAUUGUUGAGGCCGGUAAACAGCUGAAACUCUUCAUGGAAGAAAACGUUCAGAAGCAGAGUGAACUGGAGCUGAAGGAUGUAAUGGCGCGCUUUACGACGGAUGUGAUCGGGACAUGUGCGUUCGGCAUAGAGUGUAACAGUUUGCGUGAUCCGAGUGCGGAGUUCCGGGUGAUGGGCAAACAGUUUAUGGAUCGGCAACCGUCCCAAUUCGUUAACUUCAUGGUUCAGUUUUCACCCAGGCUGAGCCGGCUGUUAGGCAUUAGACUGAUUGAUAGGGAAGUUUCAGAGUUUUUCCUGAAGGUGGUUGAAGAAACCAUCGACUAUCGGGUGAAGAAUGGUAUACAGCGCAAUGACUUCAUGGACCUCAUGAUUCGAAUGCUACAGAAUAAGGAUAAUCCCGAGGAGUCGCUCACAUUCAACGAGGUAGCUGCUCAGGCGUUUGUAUUCUUCUUCGCUGGGUUUGAGACGUCCUCCACAUUGCUCACCUGGACGUUGUACGAGCUGGCCCUGAAUCCUGAAGUCCAGGAGAAGGGUCGUCAGUGCGUAAGAGAUGUUCUGAAGAAACACAACGGCGAGAUGUCUUACGAGGCUAUCUUGGACAUGAAAUAUUUGGAUCAGAUCUUGAAAGAAACGCUACGCAAGUAUCCUCCAGUACCGAUGCAUUUCCGAACGACAACCAAGGACUAUCGCGUACCGAACACGAAUUCAAUCAUUGAAGCUGGGACAUUAGUGUUAAUUCCGAUCUUCGCUAUUCAACGUGAUCCUGAUCUAUUCCUCGAGCCGGAAAAGUUCGAUCCAGAUCGUUUCAGCCUUGAGGAGGAAGCUAAGCGUCAUCCAUUCGCCUGGACACCGUUCGGGGAGGGACCUAGGGUUUGCAUUGGGUUACGCUUCGGGAUGAUGCAGGCACGGAUCGGAUUGGCAAAUCUGUUACAGAGCUUUAGCUUUGCUCCGUACGAAGAAACUUCCAUACCGAAGAAAUUUGUUAAGGAUAAUAUUUUCCUUACCCCGCAGAAUGGUAUGUGGUUGAAGGUGAAUAAAUUGUAGAGAAUUAAGACAUACCAGGGA